AUGGAUAUUUCAGACACAUGUCAACCGGUAGAAACGUGAUUUAAAACACGGGGGGAACUUGCUUUUAGUUCGUCAGACGGAUUCCACAUGAGGCGGUUGUGGUUUUCUAAGGUUUGUGUACAUAUUUACACCAAUUAUUAGCUACAACGUACGUUUAAUAAGUUAAUGCUAAAGGUAAACAUUAGCAUAACUAGCUAACUAAAUAACUUUGAAAAUGUGUAUAACCUCAUACCAAUGUAAUGUAACCUCACCUGUGUAAACUGUAUUAUUCUCUAUAGCCUCAUUAUCUGAUUUAGUGACAUACUCCAGUUGUGAAAUUGUCAAUGGUGAAUUAUAUUUUGCUCACGCACACGUCUUUUUAACAAUAUAUAUUGUCUUUGGUUUAUUCUGCAUGUGAUGAGGAACACAUUCUCUAUUUUAAUGAGCUAACUUAGUUGCCCCAAAGGGAUGAAUGGCCCUGACAGGAUCGGUGUGCUGUUGAGGUCAGUCAGGGGUAAGCAGCUAUAAGUGUUCGUCACCAGAGGGGAUUAAGGCAUGUACUUGGAAGGAGACACGAGAGGCUUUUGCUAUUCUUAAUCUGCAUAGGUAUAAGGCAUAGGCAACAAUAGCUGCUCUGGUGCAGGACCCACUCAGACCGGAUAGGUCUCGGUCUUCAAUGUGAACCCUCUGAGUCACAUUUUAUUUGUAUUUUCUCUUUGAACAAAGCGUCCUCACACCUGCCCGGAUGGAUCUUGGUAAAGCAAAGCUGAUUCGGACGGGUCUCAACGCUCUGCACCGAGCCAUCCACCCUGUGCACGGGAUAGCGUGGACAGACGGCAAGCAGGUCUGCCUGACUUCUCUCUUCUUCAUCAACGGCGAGGUGAAUUUCGGGGACACCAACGUCAUCGGGCAGUUUGAGCACGUCCUCGGGCUCUUCUGGGGCCCGCUGUGCUGCUCGGACUCUCCCGCUCUGCUGGCUGUCCAGCACAAGAAGCAUGUUACCGUGUGGCAACUGCAGCUCAGUGCGCUGGAGCAGAACAAGCUGCUGUGCACUCAGACCUGCGAGAUGAGUGAGCCGUUCCCGUUGCUGUCCCAAGGCUGCGUGUGGCAUCCUAAACUGGACAUCCUGGUUGUGCUGACCAAGAAGGACACGUCUUUGCUGUUUUCUGUGAGAGUGGACAACAGGAGGAUCAAAGCGGACAUCAAAGGUAGUGGACUCAUCCACUGUGCGUGCUGGACUAAGGAUGGCACACGCCUGGUGGUGGCUAUAGGAAGUUCCCUGCACUCUUACAUCUGGAAUGACAUCCAGAAGAGUCUGUUGGCCUGCUCCUUCUGCCCCAUCUUUGACGUGGGGGGCUACAUCUGUGCCAUCGAGGCCACGGGGGAUGUUCAAGUCACGGUGGCUACAGAGCUGCCUCUGGACAAAAUCUGCGGGUUAAAUGCCGGCAUAGCCUUCGACAUGUCGUCAGAGGCCGAGUCCCCGCAAGGCCACGGCACACAUGUGGUCAUGUCGGAAGAAGACAAUAAUGUGGAAUCGAGAAGGAGAUCUUUUGAGUCGGAGAGGUCCUUCUUCCCCAGCUCAGGCCCUCUGGACCUCACCCACCUCCUGGCGAGGCACCGCCGCUCCGACCCCAGCCCCCUUCUUCACCUGCGUCACAGAGACACCAUGACAGGCUCGGGCCAGGACUCCUCGCACCUCAUCAUGGUCACCUACGAGCGCAAAGUCACCACCAGCCGCAAAGUCAGCAUCCCCGGGAUUUUGGUUCCGGACAUCGUGGCUUUUGACCCGCGCGGCUCCACGGUCGCAGUGGCCUCCAACACCUGCAACAUGGUGCUGGUGUACUGCAUCACGGCCUCUGCCAUGCCGAACAUUCAGCAGAUCUCUCUGCAGACAAACGAGAGGCCCAAAGGAGUCUGCUUCCUCAACGACAAGAUGCUGCUGCUGAUGGUGGGCCGGCAGAAGUCCAAUGACCCCGUCUUCCUCCCGUCUUCUAACACGGACAAAUACAUUCUUCGUCUCGUAGCCAAAGAGCUGAUGCUCGAUGGAGAGAUUCCAAUCACACCACCCCCCUCUGCUCACCGUGAGCCCACUUCUAAUUUCUGCGCAAGGAUUAGGAGGCACUCUGAGCACCUACCUAAGGACGACAGGGAGCACCCAGGGAUUAAGGACUUGGUGUUACCAGGUGGGGGAGUUGUUCGCUCUGCGGGUAACAGGCGCAGGCUGGUGGAGGAGGUGGGGAGCGGCGAGCCCAGCCCCGUCACCAGCUCUGUGUUCUUCUCCGACCGAGCGUCAGACAGAGACAGAGCCCUGUCCAGCUCUUCCUCCAUCACGGUGGAGAACUUCGACAUGGACCACGUCAACCGUAUGACCAGCCUGGCGGUGGCCGGCCAGGCCGGCAAAGACUCCGGCCGGGCCGGCUCUCCUCGCUACGAGCCGCCGGACAAGCUCCACACGGACCCGACACUGCCCUUUCCCGAAAAGGCCAUGGGCCCCGCCAAGGAGCGCGCUCUGGAGCAGCUGGUUCACAACAUGGAGAGGCUUUUUACGCGCUUUGCAGAUGUACAGCAGUGCCUGACGGAAAUCAGAGAUUAUAACCAGAAUGGCAAGAAGGUCCCGAGUGUCUACCCCAGCGCCUCUGAACCCCCCUAUGUCAACGUCACAUGUCAGAAGCAGUUAUCGGAGAACGUGUUCAUCGACGAGCGGAGGCCGGUGCUGCUGUGUGAUGGGAAGCUGUGUCUGCGAGCCCUUCAGGACCUCUUCAACCUAACUAUUGUGGAGAUGGUGUAUGGUCCACUGUGGGUUGUGCUUGUGGCAGAUGCAGACGGCUUUGUGCCUCUGACGUUCAAACCCAAAGAGGAGCUUACGGUGCGCAACGGGAAGAGGAAAAUUAACCUGCGGACUCCUGAGAGCUCCGUCCCAUCCAGUCCAGCCCCCGGCCAAAGCCCCCACACCAUCGCAGAGUUCUCCACCUAGUGCCUCCUGACACGCGGCCCAGUUCAUGGACUCACGCAGUUGUAUCGUCCCUAACUUAAAUAUGUUUGAGUGGAUCCAAUACACAGAUAACCAGUUAUAUGUCAAAUGUAUUUUUCUAUUAAAGAACCGUAGCGAGUGGCAAAGGGCUGCCUGUUCAGAUGUGAUGUUUACAUGUUGCUGCUUUGAAAUGAGAGCUUAACCCAAAGAAUGUGUGUUCUUUAAUGUCUUGUUGACAAAAUGCACUUCUGUUGUGGAGGACACCGAUCGCAGUGCCAUGGUGCUCUACCAGCAGUAUGUUUUAGAGACGUGUAACACAUGUGUCCUGGUACGAGAACUGAUAGAGGCUUAUGUUUGAGGUAAAUGUUUUCUUCUGUUCUGCAGAAAUCCCCACGUUAAUGAGAUGCACAUACAAUUUCUGGAUUGGCACUUUUAUGCUGAAUUGUCCCGCUCCAACGAAUGCGUUACAUACAAGUUUGAUUUAACAUUGUCAUGCCACACUUUGGGUUGUAUAUAAUGUUCAUAAGAACACAGUUAAAGCACUUUUUACCGAGCUCAGUAACACACCUGACCACUAGAGGGGGCAAGCCUCAACAGAGACCUCCCUGUCAUUGCUAUAAAUUGUCAAUCGCAGCUCUAUUGAAAACCAAAUGAGUGUGAAAGUAGUUUAAAAGAACAUCUCUUGGUAGCCUUUUGAAUAUUAAAUCUGCAUAACUAGCGUG